AUGUUUGCGGUCCGACUGCUGAUCACUAUCUAUACAUACGUUACACUUCCCUACUAUUACUGGAGCCAAAAGCCGUGGCAUCGGCUUAAAAGAGCCCAUAGAUGUCGGGCCCGAUUAGAGGUGCCGACGGACGCGGCCAACAGCGCCUGGAUAUGCAAUGGACCCAAACUAACUCAUCCAGUUAUACGGCCAACAGUGACCGAAAUAUUAAACAACCUGGUCAAAUACCACGGUCAUGAUACACCUAUUUUAGCUUAUCGGGAAGUACUGUCUGCCGAUAAGUCAAUGGCAACCAACGGUAAAUGCGGGCAAUUAGACAACAAACCGGUGCGAACGUUACGUUUAGGCGACUAUAAGUGGCUCACAUACGGCCGGGUGGACACAAUUACCACAUCCCUAGCCAGAGGGCUGGCGGCCAAUGGGGCCCACUUUGGCGAUAAAAUAUUGAUCCUAUCGGAGACACGCGUGGAGUGGUUUCUAUGGGCUCAGGCGGUGGCAAAACUAGGUGCUUGUAUUGUCACAUUAUCGCCAAAUCUAGGUGAUGAGGGACUCGCAUACGGCAUAAAUCAGACGGAAAUCAAACUAAUGAUCGUUUCGGGCGAAUGUGUGCCCAAAAUCCGGUCACUAAUCACUCAAAUACCGACCGUUCGUACCAUUGUAUACAUAAACCUCAAUAACUUCCAACUGGAAACCGACUCCAAGUGCACACCUGGUGACCAAAUCACGGGCUUUCCGGACACUAUUCAAGUGCUGUCUAUGCGUGAGGUGGAGCUGAAAGGUGUCCACCGCUCCGACAUUGCGCUCCAGACCCCUGAACCGGACGAUCCGUUUGUCAUAAUAUACACGUCGGGCAGUACGGGUGCGCCCAAAGCAGCGGUGGCCACACAUCGGCAAAUGGUCAACGGGUCGGCCAAUUCACUACUAUCACUAUUCAAAGAUAUUAUAGCCGACGGCACCGGUAGCCACACGUACGUGGCGUUUCUGCCAUUGUGUCACGUGUUUGAGCUGACCAUUGAAUUCUUCCUCUAUUACGGUUACGCCACUACAUCCACGCUGACCGAGUCGGGCGCCGGUCUGGCACCGGGCGUGCCGUCAGACGUAUCGCUAUUGCGGCCAACGGUUAUGAUAUGCGUUCCCCUAAUGCUCGACCGCAUACUCAAGGAUAUGGGCGCUCGGCUCACAGCCCGGUCGCCACUAGCCGUACCCAUGUUUACCCAUUUAAUGGCAUACAAGUCGUAUUGGACCGAACGGGGCUACCGGUGCCCGAUUGUCGACAAACUUGUUUGCGACAAAUUGCGCCAACAAAUGGGCGGUGCGCUACUGGUGGCAAUAGUGGGCGCCGCACCCCUGAGCCCCACCACUCAGGCCACCCUUAGAGCUGCGCUCGAUAUCGCGCUGCUGCAGGCGAUGGACCAUGACGAUUUAUCUAUCAGCCGCGUGGGCGCACCCCUGCAGGGCAUGAGAAUUAAACUCAUCGAUUGGGAAGAGGGCGGCUAUUACCGCUCGGAUCGGCCGAACCCCAGGGGCGAGAUAGUGAUUGGCGGCGAUUCAGUGGUCACCGAAUACUAUAAACUGGCCGAACAGACCCGUGAGGCGUUCUGGACAGAUGACAGGGGCUGUCGUUGGUUUUACACGGGCGAUAUCGGCGAGAUAUUCCCCGAUGGUACUGUUGGUAUUAUUGAUCGGCGCAAGGAUUUGCUUAAAUUACAAAGUGGGAGAUAUGUUUCGUUGGGACAAAUCGAGGCGGCGCUAAAACUAUGCCAAUACGUGGACAACAUAUGCGUGUGUGGGGACGGGUAUAGCAACGAGUUGACAGCACUGGUCAGUCCUAAUCGCUUACAUCUCCGCAAACUGGCCGACGAGUUGGGUCUGAAUGGGGCAAAUGUGGGUGAAUUGUGCCAAAAUCCUGACCUCCGGGACCGGUUUUACCGGGCGAUUGUCGGGACGGGACUGUUGGCCGGUAUCCCAGCGAAGGAGAUACCGGUGCGCAUAUGUCUGGUGCCGGACGAGUGGACAGUAGACAACGAUUUAAUGACAGCAGCCAUGAAAACAAAACGCAAAGCCGUGGAGAGACGGUAUUGCACAGAAAUUGAUGCCCUAUUUGGCCGAUAA